AGGGAGAAAUUAAAUCCUCUCUCAUUGCCGGCUCUCUCUCUCCCGAGUUCUCUCUCAAUAUGAUGAUAUAUACCUCGAUCGGGCUAUAUAUACCCAUAACAUUGAGAGUAGCUAGGUUCAUCUGUAAUAUCAACCACGUACAGAACAUUUAGGUGAAACCACAAUCAUACUACUUUGUACUUUCCUUCCUUCUUGAAUCAUGUCCACACUCGAUCCACCUUUUUCCGACCACUUGCAAGAAGAUGAAAUAACCCCAGAUCAAUACGGGGACUUCAUAUCCUCCCUUCCAACAGUAGGCUUCCUAAGUCAGUACCGUGGAUUUUGGUUUCCAACUUGGCACAUGCAGGGAGUUUUAUCCUUCCAAAAACACUUCCAAGCUCAUGAGACUGAUAUUCUAUUGAUGACCCCUCCCAAAGUUGGGACUACUUGGUUGAAGGCUAUCUUGUUUGCUAUAGUGAACCGAAAGCAUCAUCUGGACCUUCAAAAACAUCCAUUGCUCACAAACAAUCCUCAUAUUCUUGUGCCCUACUUGGACAUACAACUCUAUAAUACAAAAGAGGUUCCAGAUCUCACCUCCUUCCCCUCUCCAAGGCUCUUUUCAACUCAUUUACCUUAUACAUUGCUACCAGCAUCUAUUAAGGACUCAACGUGUAAGAUUGUGUAUUUGUAUAGGAAUCCUAAGGAUACCUUUGUGUCACUUUGGCACUUCAUGGAAAAGAAUGAGACGACAACCGAUUCAUUUGAAGAAACUUUUGAUAAGUUUUGUCAGGGUGUGAAUCCCUUUGGGCCAUAUUGGGAUCAUGUUUUAAGUUAUUGGAAUGAAAGUUUAGAAAAGUCUCAAAGGGUACUGUACUUGAGAUAUGAAGAACUAAAAGAGCAGCCCACCACUCAUUUGAAGAGAAUAGCUGAGUUCUUGGAGUGUCCAUUUUCUUCAGAAGAAGAGACAAAAGGUAUGGUAAAUGAUAUUUCAAGAUUGUGUAGUUUUGAUCAUUUGAGCAAGUUGGAGGUGAAUAAAAGUGGAACAACCAUCGACAUGAAGACUGAAAGCCUUUUUCACCGAGGUAAGGUUGGAGAUUGGGUAAAUUACUUCACACCUCAAAUGUCAGAGAAAUUAGAUGACAUUUUUAAAGAAAAGUUUCAUGGUACUAGGUUAACAUUUUAAGACAUCCAAAGGUUGCAUCCUCGUCAUCGCUGCUAUAUAUUAUUUGAAUGUCUUUAUUAUUGUCAAUGUUUAUGCUUAUUUGAAUGUUUAUUAUUUGUUAGAUUAUUGUCAAUCAUCAUGUGUACAUGUGUCGACAUGGAAUCAUUAAAAUGCAUUAUUAAUGUUGUAUUUUCAAUUUUAUUGUGAA